AUGCUGUUCCAUCAGCGACGCUUCUUUGCGUAUCCUUGUGGCGCACCCAGUCUGCUCACGCUCAAUUCCUCCUCGUACACGCUCGUCACGACCGACCGAUGUGUGGCACUGCUGAGCUAUGACGAUGCUGGCUACAGUCUGCACAAACUCGAAGUCGACGCUUUGUCGACUGAAGAAGUGAACGUAAUUGCCAGUGCUGUCGUUGAGCGGCCAGCGCCGUGUCCGUCGCAAGUGGCGGUGGCGUACGCGGUCGGGGAAGCGCUCUACGUGCAAAUUUUGACUCCAUAUCACGAUAUCGCAGACCAUGCAGAACCGCUGAAGGGCGGCGAUUUCAAGUUGCAGGCAGCACCAACGUGCAUGUACAGUAUCCAGGCAUCUGGGACAAACGGGGACGUCUUCUACGGUGUUAUCGUGUGCUGUACGGACUCGAUGCUGGCCAUUGGGUACAUCAAGAACAAAGAGAGGAAAAAGAUGUCUAAUACCGAGCUUCGGGCGGACCUGGAUGCUACCUGCACUCUUCUGGACAACGAGCAAUUCGCGGAAUUCUUCCCCGAAUUUGCAACGUUCACACACACAAUCAUAGCAGUCGAUACCUUUUUGUCACCAGAGAGAGACCAAGGCUGGAUUGCUUUUGGCUGCGCUGACGGACUGGUCCGCGUGUAUCAUGGGCAGACGUACGAAGGGCGCCUCGGUGGCCCAUUCACGACCAAAGACGUGCAACUGAGUGGCCCUGUGACUUGUGUCUCCUUUUUCCUGAAGCGGUCGGCUACAGCAGAAACCGCUAGCUCGACUUGGCGCUGCAAUCUACUGGUCACGUGCGCAAUUGGCCAAGCGCUGGUGUAUGAGAACUUGUUUGGUGCAUCGGACCACAUUGAGAAAGGCGAGGUGCUGAUGGACUCGGACGCAUUCGACUCGAUCUUUGCGGGUAUCACCGCUGACAUUGACCUGGACGGAGAAGCUGAAGUCGUGUUGGGAACCGACAGUCAAGUUAUGUUAGCGUACAAGGAACGAAGCGAUGACGAUACCAGCGGUUGCCAAGCCGCGAAAAGUUCAGUUGAGCUCAGUGGCGAUGACUCGUUCCCUGCACACGAAAAGGCGCCGACUCUGUCGACGGAAAGUGUGCAGAAUAUGUGGGACGACCUGGAGAUGGUCCCAGUGACGGAUACGGAUACGUUUGUAGCGCCAGAGCCUGUGGUGGUGCAGCGGAAGUGGCAGCGGUUAUCUCGAAGCCAGUGGGACAUGGAGACGUUUGGCGCGAUCUACAGCUUAUUGUGGCAAGACGUGAACCAUGACGGAGUACCCGAGCUGCUGGUUGCAAGUUCGACGGGCAUCUACGUGUACGAAGCUGAUCCAGAGUUUGUCAUGCAGAAACUCGAGUGUGUCUUGUCAGCAUUGCAGGGAUCGGUUGUCGAUCGAUAG